GAGGAGAGUCUCGGAUUAAGUCUCCUGAUUUUGGCUCCGUCCUCCGUCAAAGUGCAACAUCGGGCUAAAUCAGCGUGCUGGUCAGAUCUGGGGGGACCCGGGACUGCCUCUAGCAUGAUGUCUUACCUCAAACAGCCCCCCUACGCCAUGAACGGCCUGGGGCUGAGCGGGGCGGCCAUGGACCUGCUGCAUCCCUCCGUGGGCUACCCAGCAGCCACGCCCAGAAAGCAGCGGCGGGAGAGGACGACGUUCACGCGCUCGCAGCUGGACGUUCUGGAGGCGCUAUUCGCAAAAACGCGCUACCCGGACAUCUUCAUGCGGGAGGAAGUGGCGCUAAAAAUCAAUCUGCCGGAGUCCAGAGUGCAGGUGUGGUUUAAGAACCGUCGGGCCAAGUGCAGGCAGCAGCAGCAGAGCGGAGGGAGCAGCACCAAAGCUCGGCCGGUCAAGAAGAAGUCGUCCCCCACACGGGAGAGCACGGGCUCCGAGAGCAGUGGUCAGUUCACCCCUCCAGCCGUGUCCAGCACGGGCUCCUCGUCCUCCUCCUCCUCGUCCACCGCCAACAACAACAACAACAACACGGGCAUCAGCAGCACAUCUACCUCCAUCAGCACCGUGUCAUCCAUCUGGAGCCCAGCCAUUUCGCCUGGUUCUGCCCCUCCCUCCGCCUCGCUCCCGGACCCCAUGCCGCCCUCCAACACCUCCUGCAUGCAGCGGUCGGUCUCAGGCUCGGCUGGCUCUUCCUACCCCAUGUCCUACAACCAGACGGCGGGCUACGGCCAAGGCUACCCGACCCCAUCCAGCUCCUACUUCAGCGGGGUGGACUGCGGCUCUUACCUGACCCCCAUGCACUCGCACCCCCACCACCCCCAUCAGCUUAGCCCCAUGACGCCGUCAUCCAUGUCCACGCACCCCCACCACCACAUCAGCCAGUCUUCAGGUCACCACCACCAUCACCACCACCACCACCAGGCCUACAGCGGCGCCGGGCUGACCUUCAACUCCUCCGACUGCCUGGAUUACAAGGAGCAGACGGCUUCCUCCUGGAAGAUCAACUUCAACGCCACGGACUGUUUGGACUACAAAGACCAGGCGUCCUGGAGGUUCCAAGUCUUGUGAUCUUCUUCUCCUUCUUCUCCUACUACUUCUACUUCUUCUCCU